AAGAAAACAGUCACAGGUCACCGGUAUAUCUAGAAGUAGGAGGAGAAAGCCGGCUGAAGCCUUGCGUUCAGCUUUUACAUUGACAUAUGUUCUCGGUUGACAUCUGAGAUCGAACUUCAUUAUUUUCUUUUGUCAAAACAGAUCAUCAUGGCCAAGAAGAGAAGCGGAAACCGCGAGACAGAGAGCAGUCCGCUGGUAGAGCCGGAGCCGAGGCCCUCCAAACAAACUCCGGUCCUCAAAGGACCCCAGUCGUCAGGAGGAGCCUCCGCACGCAUGUCAAUCCUCCUCCUCAUCACUAUCUUUGCCUGUUCGGCUUGUGUCAUGUAUCUGCUGUUCAGAAAUUUCCCAGAACUGAGCGAAGACGAGAGAGAAAAAAUCAAAAUCCCUAAAGACAUGGAUGAUGCCAAGGCAUUGGGCAUAGUGCUGUCCAAAUACAAGGACACAUAUUAUACUCAAGUGCUUUUAGCAUACUUUGCAACAUACAUCUUCCUUCAGACGUUUGCCAUCCCAGGCUCCAUAUUUCUCAGUAUACUCUCUGGUUAUCUCUACCCUUUUCCAUUAGCUCUGUUCCUGGUCUGUCUGUGUUCUGGCCUUGGAGCGUCUUUUUGCUAUAUGUUGUCUUAUUUAGUCGGGAGGCCGAUGGUGUACAAGUACCUCACAGAGAGAGCUCAGAAAUGGUCACAACAGGUGGACAAGCACAGAGAGCACCUCAUUAAUUACAUCAUUUUUUUGAGAAUAACUCCUUUCCUUCCAAACUGGUUCAUCAACAUCACCUCGCCGGUCAUUAAUGUGCCACUGGGUGUCUUCUUCCUGGGGACCUUUCUUGGAGUGGCUCCUCCAUCCUUCGUGGCGAUUAACGCAGGGACGACUUUGUACAAACUGACCACAGCUGGCGAGGCCGUGUCCUGGAACUCUCUUCUCGUGUUGGGGCUUUUAGCUGUGGUCUCCAUCCUUCCCGUCUGCUUUCAGAAGAAAAUCCAGCAGAAACUUGAGUAGAGAUCAUCAUCACCCCCUGCUUGA